AUGGUAGAAUUGGUUUCGCGAUUGGCGUAUGAGAAGAUUUUACUGAGAGAUUUGAAUACUGUAAUUGCUUGUGGACUUUGCGAGGGAUAUCUGGUCGAGCCGAAUGUUAUUCCAGAGUGUUCACAUACUUUUUGCAGAACGUGCAUUUUGCGUCAUUUUCAAGACGAGCUGGAUUGUCCAGAAUGUGGUGUAGAAACGCACCCGACUGAGCCUGAGAAAUGCCUCGUCUACGACGAAGUUUUGGACCAAAUUCUUUGCGAACUGAUCCCUAAUUUAGCGAGAAGGGUUCAAGAAGAAAAAGACAGCUUCAUGGAAGUCGAGAAGAUUCCCAAAUUCUUAAUCAGAUUCAAACCUUCCGAUAGAAAGUCUCAUUCCCUCCCCCGCCCGUAUGUUUUGAUCAAUGGCGAUACUCCGCUAAAUGUAGUGAAGUUACUAGCCGGCGAUCCGCGAUAUCUCGAAUUCGACAAUUUCAAGAUCAAAAAGCUCGAAAGAACAGUUGUUUCCUGGCUCAAAGAGGAUCAUUCCGACCAGUUCAAGUCAAAAAUUGAUACUUUUGGAUCUUCGAGCGAAGCAAUCAAGCUGACGAUCCGCUUUUCCACCUGA